AUGAUUUUGUUAAUCUGGCUAAGUGUUUUCUUAGUGCUCAAUUGCAAUGGCCAGAAAGUGAAUAAAUAUGAACACUAUUUGGACGAUCCAGCAGUGAAACUGUUCAGGGAAUAUUUACAAAUAGACACAAGCAAAGCAGAAAAUAUACAAGCUGGCUUGGAUUUCUGGAUACAUCAGGCGAACGAUGUGGGUUUGCCGUAUGCGGUGUACUCGCCGGCCGGCAAGCCAAUAUUUGUGGCUACGCUGGAGGGAUCCGACCCUUCUCUACCCAGUAUAAUGCUCAACUCACACAUGGACGUAGUCACAGUUGAAGCGAGCGAAUGGAAGUAUCCACCAUUUGCUGCUUACAUGGAUGAAAAUGGGGACAUUUUUGGUCGUGGCGCGCAGGACACUAAAGACAUCGCUAUCCAGUACCUAGAGGCUAUCAAGAGACUUAAGAAUGAUAAUGUUACUUUACCCCGCACUCUACAUAUCACUAUUGUGACAGAUGAAGAAUCCGGUAGCACACAAGGCAUGAGAGUAUUCGUGAAUACGACUGAGUUCAAAACGUUAAACGUUGGGUUCGCGUUGGAUGAAGGACAAACUACACCUGGAGACACUAUUCUUGCUUCCUUCGUUGACAAGAGAGCUUGGUCAAUAUGUUUUAUUAUCCGUGGUGUUGGUGGCCAUGGAUCCUUAAUGCCGGACGGUACAGCCAUGGACAACUUUCACACAUUUCUAAACGCUGUGUAUGACUACAAAGACACACAGAAAGCAAUUCUGAAAUCUAUCGCUAACAGCACUGUAGGUGCAGCGACUUACACAAGUAUCAACAUCAAUAUAGUCAAGGGUGGACUUGCUAGGAAUGUUAUAGCGACGGAGGUAGAAGCAAUCAUGGAUAUGAGACUGGCCACAGAUGCUGACCCAAAAGACAUUGAAACUAUGAUAAACUCCUGGUUAAGAGCAGCUGGCAACAACAACUCGGUGACAUACCUUCGACAUGACACUGAAUCAAGAAUAACAUCAGUCGACAGUACCAAUCCCUUCUGGGUUUCCAUGCAGAACACUUUAAGUCGAAUGGGCAUCCGAUUAGAGCCAGUAGUCAAAACAGCCAUGUCUGAUGCAACCUUUAUAAGAAACAAGGGUAUACCAACUAUUGGUUUUGCAACAAAAACCAAAACUAUUCCUAGACUUCAUGCCAAAGACGAGUAUCAAAAUGUAGAAACGUUCCUAAGAGGUAUAGAUAUUUAUACCGAAGUACUCAAGGGAUUAGCUAAUGUCCCUUCAUCUUAG